AUGGCUUUGGCGUACCAGCAGAUGGCAGCGGUAGCCGGAGCCGGUGUCCAAGGCAUGGCAGUCCAGUUUCCAGCUCCGGCUCCCGGCACAGUACCUGCAGUUUCCGGACAUGUGCCUUCUCGGACCCUCUUGGCCGGGCGUCCAAGCUACAUGCAGCAGUUUCCGGCCAAGGUGCAGUCGAACUUUUACAGGGCCGCAAGUUUCCACAAAGGGACCCAGCCGACCACGCCAAUGACCUUUGCUUACCCGGCGAAGUUCGGGACCAUGGGGGCUACCGCUGGCCCUGCGGUGCGACAGACUAUGCCUGCCUCGAAAGGCCGAUACUACCCGCUGGACCCUGCCAGGAUUCAGCAGUUGCCAUCGCCAGCUCACAAGGCCGCAGAGAAGCCGGCUGAGGUGGCUAUCAGAGUCGGAGAGAAGCAGGUGGCUAGCGGAGUAGAAAAGAAGCUGCCCCAGGUGGAGGAUGUGAAGCCCACUGAGGAGGAUGUGGAGAGCUGGCGUUGGAUCCUCACCAUUUCCAAGCCGGAAGAGCAGGUCCUGAAGCCAAACGAGGAUGCAGAGGAGGACAGCCAGUGGAUCGUCUCUCUCGCACGACCUGCUGGCUGCAAGGCGUUGCCCGUUACAGCCCACUGA